AUAUCGCAAAUAGGAUAGCUAUGCAGCUUGAAGUGGGGGAAAAGAGGAUGGCCUUUGCUGUAGUGCUUUGAUAAGUUCAGUUGCAGUAAACAUCAAUAAUAAACAGCUCGUCCAACUUUGCAUCUUUCAUGUGACUACUCUAGUUAACAGAAUAUUAGAAUGUCAUGAAACUUGUUGAUUAUUUGCGGAAAAAUCAGGGACUGAAAUUCUACUCAAGCUAUUACUUGGGCCUAAUUUUGCCCAGUUUUCCGGAAUGGUGCCUAUUGCUCUAUACGAUACCCUGGUCUAUAAAAAGCAUCCAGCAUCACCUAGACACACUGGUUAUUAGUACUCUAUGAAACCAAACAGACUUUGUUUACGACUGAUUUGUGGCAGAAGCAGAGUAAGAGAAGGGGGAGGGAAUUGGCUUGUUUCCAGGACUGUUAGCUCAACAUACUUUGACAGAUAUCAGACUCUUUGAAUGGCUCUGACCAUUUCAGAAUUUCUACCAAUAAAAGAGAGCAAGACAUAUUGCAGAACUGAAAGUGAUGCUCAGGAGAGAAUUAAGAAUGUUUUGGCUGAUUUGUUGAUUACAGAAACUGAUGAGAAAAGGAACUAAAAGAUGUUUCGUUUCUUCACCCUCAUGCAUUCAGGACAAUGGACAUCACAUGAGGCAUUUUUAGUCUCUUAGCUACCAGCCUGCAUCUAUACGCCAGCAAAUAGACUUUCAAGAGACUUGGACUGCUGGGAAGAAAACGGGAGCAAGGGGUAAACUGGUUACUGAAAUUGGGUACAACACAGAUUCUUUUUUGUUCUCAGGAAAGCUCGACCAAUUCUGGUGAAGUUCCUGGAUGUAAUGCCAUCCACGUGACUAAAAUCAAGAACAAGCUGGGGUGUGUCAUCAAGAAGUUCUGACUACUGUAACAGUCCAUAGCACUCAUGUCCAAACAAAGAAAGUUCCCCAGCCAUCUAAUUUUGAAAUUUUUUGAAUUGCCUAUCGACACCACUUGCAAAGAGAUUAGUAUCGAUGAAUCAGUAAUUCCAAGCCAAUUCUAGCAUCAGCAGGGUAAGUUGUCAGCUGCUGUAGAUCAGUGAAGUCCCAUGUGUUGGUAUUAAAUUCCCAUAAAUUCAUCUGUACCUGAGGUGAAGGCCCUCAUGCAUGCAUUUGGGCUAUGGGAGCUGGAUGAUAAGUAUACCACUCAAGAGAGAAGAGCACGCCUUCCACUACAAGCAGCAGGCUUGUCCAAAGUGUCAUUUAUGUGUGGUUCAGCAGAACUCGUACCCAAAGUGCAAAUUAAAACAAAUGCCAAAAGGUUCAAAGCGCACUACUCGUCGAGAUUUCAGUUUCCGGUGACUUUGGACAUAGGGAGUUGUUUGUGAUAUUUUGUUCAAGAUAGAGCCUAAAAACACAAGUUCUUCUGACAUGAAAGCCAUUGAAAAUUGAUGUGAGCCACUGAACAUUUCUGCUCAUGACAAGAAAGGUUGUAGGAAAAGUUGCCCGGGUUGUCUGAUGGCCAUUGCUGUCUGGCCAGUUCGACAAUUUCGGCUACAGCAGGUGCCAGUAAUGAGUGGUUCAUCCAACUUUGCAUCUUUCGUGUGAUGGCUCUAGUCCACAGAAUAAUGGAAAAUUCAGAAGCUCACCAAUUAUCUGCAUGAAAGUUAGGGAUCGAAACUCUACUGAAGCUUUUGCCACAACCUAAGAUUGUCCAGUCUUCCAAAGGAUUACCUAUUGCUUUAUACGGUACUGUGGCUUCAAGGGAGUUCACUUAGCAUUCAUUCUGCUUUACUGCCAACGGAAUUUGGGAAUGACAGCAAAGAUGUUUUGGAAGAUGUGAGAAGAAUCUACUACAGAUUGCUCACGUUAAGAAUGCCAAGAAGACAGAAUUGUUGACUUCAUUGAUGGCAUUUCUACUGGACAAGGCCCCUGUUUCACUCUUGGAGGCUGAUGAUGGGAAUUCAAAGCAAGGUGGAAAGAUGAAGCUGGGCAUUUACGGGUUUAUAGUCCUCUAGCUGGCUAUGGAAAAUUAAUGGGCCACCUAGAUGCUGGGAUAUUUGAAGAGGCUCUCCAAUCCCUAAUACUGGAGGUGAGAUAGCCCAUCAUCAAUGACACUAGACAGAGCUGAGAGCCCUCUUUGAGCAAAGCAGCAUCCCGGAUCAGAACUAUUGCCAUUGCCACAGUCACAUCUUAAAAUGAUGGAGGUGGGCUAAGUGAGCAUCAAUCAGUGAGCUCCCGCAUGCAAGCUUUAGAUGAUUGGUUAGGAUAACCGAAGAGGUAAGAAAUGAAGCUCAGGAUGAGCAAGAAGACACAGAAUCUAAGCUACAUAAAAUUCCAGAAGUGAACUGUGAGAAAAUUGAUAAAUCAGAUGGACUUCUGAGCAAAGACUUGAAACUUGAGAAUGAGUGGCAGCAAGGGAAUCAGAUCUGGAGCUAGAUUUCAAUUGCUUCACCACAAGUUCCUACUAGCAAUGCAAGUUGUGAUUCUAGGAAGCCAGAGUUGGGUUGGAAUGUCUUUGCUGAUAAAAUUAUACACUCAAACCCAAUGAGUUUGGGCUCUGGAAUGAAUACGGUCAGUUCUUUUCUAGUCAUGCCAUCAAUAUACAGAGGUCUCUUCACACGACCACCAGCAACGCAGUCACAGCCAGACCCCCAAGUCCUACUCCAGCAAAGGCCACCUUAGUGCACACCUCUUCAUCUUCCUCUUUUUGUUUCUUGGAUUGAAAAUUUACAGUUUUGAAUUGAUUUUUCAAAUCCAUUUCCAACUGAAUAAUUCCAUUUUUAAAAAUCCAUAUUUAGAUCCUUCCUAGGCAUAAAAUCCAGAUUUAAAUAAACUCCUUACUGCCACUCUCCUCUAGGCAUGCAUUUUCACUAUUUUCUUUUAUUUUCAACUAUUUUCAUGAUUUUCUCAAUUUUCAACAAGCAUGAACAAACUUCAUGAUUCCAAACAAUGGAAUUCAUAGAACCAACUCAUGCAAAAUUAAUUAGGGCUUUGGUGGGGGCCCGACAUUCAUGAUAUCCUCUUCAAUAGUGUUUGUUUGACAUUUGAUUAAUUGUGCCUUCUCUUUGAGAUACGUGAGAUUAUUAUGCACCUAUUAUUAAGCAAUCUUGUUUCCCAUAGUGGCGUUUUAGCUUGCUAUCCAGGUACGCUCCUUCACGCCUAUUUUUGAGAAUUCCAUGGACACAUGUGUUAUUGAUGACUAUAUCCAUACAUGAUGUGAUUUUUGGGUGUUUUGAUAUAUGCUUGAUUUGCUUAGAUAAAACAAAUGUUGUGUCAUAUUUCCAAACUAAUCUCUUAUGUUUCAUGAUAGCGCUUGAGAAGCCAUUCAGGUACGCACUUCGACUCUCUCUUAUGGUUUGUUUUCUCUUUAGGCAUGCAAUAUUUGAAAUCACCUAGCCUACUUAGGUAUCCAUAAUUAACUGAUUAAUGGCCAUACUUCCCUUAACUUUGUUAGUAGAGACCUUUAUAGGGCUUAGAGGGGUGCUACCUCCUAGAGGUACCUUCCUAAUAAGUAACCUGAUCCCCGGACUUAGACUCGGGUUUUUCAAAGACACGCUUUUCCAAAAAUUAUGGAGUCAUUUUUUUAGGGUUUUAUUUCUUGUUUUAUUUUCCCUUUUAAAAAUAAAAUAAAAUAAGUGGCGACUCUAACUUUUUUUUCCAAAAAUCAAAAUUUUCACAAAUAAAUAAAAAGCGAGUCUCGCCGAUCGAGUGGGAACGCACGUGAAAAAUGCGGGUCCACUGUAAUCUGUCUUGAUGCCGAGAAGCUAGAGGAAAAUAUAUGAGAAAAAAUAUUGAAUCCUUGAACUCCUUAAUAAAUUUAAUCAUGGCAGUGGUCAAAUUUCUUAGAAAAUGCUAUUCUGAGCUACUUUCUUAUGUUCCUGGAUCCCUAGUUAAACUUGGAAUCAACUGAGAUGUAUUUUCUGCUGUUUUGAUUCUAUUAAAAAUCAAAAACAAGUUUGAACAUAUAAUUGAUUUUGUUGAUUGUAAUGUGGGAAUUGGUAGUGGACCUCCUGUUGUGGUAGUGGCAUGCACCAGAUAGGAAAAAGCAAUGUAGUUACAACUAAAGAAUUUGAUUUAUUAAACUCCAAUACUCUCAAAAAUAUAAUUAACAAUAAAUAAAGUUGGCUUUAAUGGCUAGCUCUUGUCCUUGAGAAAAAUGCUCUGUCUUUAAUGGCUUAAAGGUUUCAUUUUAAAAACCUUAAAAGCCAUGUUUACUUCAUGGAAUAGGGCUUUGGGAAUGAGACUGAUAUUUUCAUUCCAUUAAUUGUCUUAUUUUGUUCUAGCAACUUGUGUGUUGCCUGUGAUUUACAUUUCAGAUUGCAGUUUUUUCUUAUUGUUUGGCUAAUUUGGAUUCACAACAUUAAUGCAUUAAAAAAAUACUAAAAAAUAAUGGUCUUGGUUGAUGAGGAAUAUUGAAUUGGUUCGUUUCCUAGAGCAAUUGAAUCAUGAAGCUGUUGAUCAGUGUGCUCUUAUGCAGAUCAAACUCAUGAUGAAAACCAUUACAAUCCUGAUCCAUCAUUUCUGUCUUAUCUACAAAAAUGCAUAAUAAGGCAUCUUGUGAUUUAUUUUUUGGUUUUCUGACUACUGGUCUUGUUUAAGAUUUAUGGUGUGAGAGCUUGUUUACAUAAUGAGAUUUUAGUACUAGCUGGGGCAUGCAAAACCCUUAAACAUAUCGCUGCACCUCACCUUCUUUUCAUACAUUCUUCUUUAUUUGGGUCCUUUUCCCCAAUGAUUCCCAUUAUAAGUUCUCCAAUUCAUGACUGAUGAAAAUUUUAUAAUCCUUGUUGAGUUAUUAGAGAUGUUUAAAGGAGCCAUGAGCAUGUGAAAAUAUUUAGGGAUGCAUGCUAGAGACUGAUUCUUGGUUUUUUUUUUUUUUUCAUGUUUUCCUUCUUGCUUAUACCUUUUGCUGUAUAUGAUAUAUCAAAAUAUUUGUUUUUCUUUUCCUCUUCAAACAAGGUGCCUUCUUGUUAUAACCAUCAAUGCUAUGUUUUGUUUUUUCCUUGUCCUUCCUACAAGAGCACUUCCUUUUACAGUUGUACAAGAGGAGUCCUAAAAAGAAAAAAAACCUAAAUUAUAAGGCCCAAACUUUAAACACAAUCAAUAGCUCUAAGGCACUGAAUGCCAAUCGAAAUGAAAUAGUUAAAAAGAACAAUGUUUUGAAUGUGAGAGUUAGGUUAGUGGAGAAUGGUAUCGAAACUAUUAAACCAAGGUUAAAAAAGACAACCAAUAUAACUAUUUUAGUGCAAUGGUUGAGCAACCUAGCUAGUUAACAUACAUUGAUGGUUAUAGAGGAAGAAAUGAGAAAGCUUCCUGAUUUCCUCAUGCAGAAAAGGAUAAUGGAAAAUAGUGCCAUGGAAGGGCAUAAUAUGCAAUUACUAGUUAACUCAGAAAUUUGGUCUUUAAUUAAUUAUAAUAUUUGCAUAUUCUUUUCUUUUGUUUUAUUCUAAUUUGGGGGAAUUAUUACAGUCCUUAAUUCUCAUAUUCAUAUGACAAUAGACCUUUUAAGUAGUGUGAAUGGCUAAGGUUAUUUCUUUAGGAUUGUGUUUCCAAUAUUGUCUUAGGGUAUAUUAGACAUUAUUUUUUAAUGCAAACAAAAUAUCAUAUCUUUUUUAGCAUUUCAAUUCUUUCGAAUUUAAUAUAUAUUCUUGGGAGCUGUCAAACACCAUAUUGGAUGGCCAAGGGACAUAGCAUAUGAAAAAAUAAACAUAAAUAUAUUAAAUUAUAUUGUAAUAUAUUGUAACGUUAGUGUAUUUGUAUUGUAAGUAUAAUGCAUUUAUGUUGUACCUAGUUUGUAUAAAUUAUAUAUGAUUUAAAAGGUUAGCCAUGAUGAGCAUUAACAAUGUGUACAUAUUGGAUUACCAUCAAACAACUUAAAUUUGUUAUCCACUAAUACAAUGGCUCUGUGUGUUUUUAGUAGCAUGUAUGUAACUGUAUUUGGGAUCACUAAUAGUAGUUAAACCAAAAUAAAUAAGGGUACAAUACAAAUGCCCUACAUUUACAAUACAAUUGCACUAGAAGUACAAUAUAUUACAACAUUACUUGAUUCAUUAUACAUUUAAUUAUGACAAUUGAUUAUUUGAUAUAAAUUCCAUAGUGCAAUGUGGAGUAUAAUACAUGGAUAAAAGGAAAAAAACAAUACAAUACAACCAGGUUUGAACAUUAUUUUAAUUAGUAUUAUUUUAUUUUGACUAUAUUAAUGUUUGACAUUGUUGUUUAAUUUGACUGUUUUAAUUUUAAUUUUAUAUUAUCAUUUAUUUACUUUUACAGGAAGUCAAAAUAAAUAGUCGAUGCUCCAGCAAAAAACUUAGACAUCUACUUGAUGAGCUAAGUGAUGAAAAGAAGAGUAUAAUUCAACAUAUUGGCUUUGGUGGAUUACUUCAACUCUCUUCUAUAGAGAUAAGGCAUAGCUUAUGUAGAUGGAUAAUAACUCAUUUCAAUAUAGCCCACUGUAGGUUAGACAUAGGACAAGAAAGGCAAUUUCCAAUAACUUGUUCUGAUGUAGGUGAAAUUCUGGGUAUUCCAUAUAUUGGUAGGAGGCUCCUACUUUCACCUACCAAUAGGAAUAAUAGAAUGGAAAACCUAUCAGAUCUUAGAGAUAGGCUGAUUUUAAUGGAAGACAUGGCCGGGUUCAAAAAAUUGUUUAUCUUCUUCUCAUGUGCUACAUUACUUGCUCCAACAUCAAAGUUGGAUGGUAGUCAUGAGUUGUGGUGUACUUUGCUUGUUGGAGACUUUGACAUCAAUGUUAAUUGGGGUCAAUUUGUACUUGACACAUUGGUUGCUGGAAUUAGACAUUUUUGAUUGGGUAAAGGCUCAUGGUUUACAGGUUGCCUUAUUUUUUUACAGGUAGAUACCUUUUUUUAUUAAAUGCUGAAGGUUUCCAUAUCAUUUUCCAUGUUUUAACAAGUCUUUUCUAAAUAACGUAUUGAUGUGUGGAAUAUUUGUGUUUCAGCUUUUUUAUGUAAAUAAAUUUUACAUUCCAACCAUGUUGGUACCACAUACCAUCCCAAUAUGUGCAGCGUGGACUGAUGACUUGAUGAAGAAAAGGGUGCAUGAAGAAUUGCAUGAUUAUGGUGAUUUUGGACUAGCUGAUGUUCAAGAAGAUGAAAGGGAGGAAGAUGCACAUGAAGACCCUGGUAAUCCAGUAAAUGAAGUUGAAGAAGAGACUAUUGAUGAAAUUAUGGCAGAAUAUAAUGCAGCGGAUAGACAAAUUCACCAAUUGCUUCGAACAAUGAGAGGAGCAAUUGAUAAACUAGCAAAGCGGCAGAAUACAAAUAAAACCCCAUCAUCUUCUCAUCAAAGCAGAAGUCAUAAUCAACCUGAUAUCAAUGAUUCUUUCCCAUCACCACCACAUGCUUAUGGAUCACCACUGAAUGAUCGUUUUGCUGAUGGUGAAGAUAAUGUAGGCCCAUCGACCUCACAGCCAGUAGCGCAGCAUAGCAUUGAGGAUGAAGUUCAGAUGAAUGCUAUUAUUCCUUACGAGACUGGACAUCCUCCAAUACGUUCAUAUCGGCUACAUCGACAUGCUACUGCCCUACAAUCACCAUACGUGGUACAACCGUCAAUCAAAUUUUCAGCGUCUUCAUCUGUAGCAAAGCAAGUUUUGGCAUAUGCAUUGGACGAUACACGUGAUGAAAGCCAAAUAUUAUGUUCCAUGCACAAUUUCUUCUUGACAAGGUUUGACUUGAAAUGCUUGGGACCCGAUAAAUUGGUUGACAAUAAGUUGUUCAUACCAAUAUGCAGGAAAAAUCAUUGGUAUUUAAUCAUUUUGAAUAUUCAUGCGAAAAGAAUCGAGUUGUUGGAUUCAUUAAUUGACGGAAGGAAAAAACGAAUGGAUGUCUUCAUAGAGAAAUUGGUGAACGUUUUGUCAACUGUCAUUGGGAUUCAAGAAAGAAGACCAUCAGUGGACAUGACAGAAUUUGAAUUUGUUGUUCCAGAAGUUGUCCAACAAUUGAAUCCGACAAGGUCAUAAAGUACAGGGAAAAACUCCUAACACAAUUGAAAAUGUCUCCAGAAAAUGAAGUCAGGGAAAAUGUCUAUCAGGCUAUGGAUCAGUGAUGUUGUAAUUUUUUUGGUUUAUAGUUGUUGAUAUUUUUUUAUAGUCUGAUGGAGUUCCAUUUCCAAAUUUACUAGUCUGAUAUUUUUUUACAAAUUGGCUUACAUCAACUAAUUUGUUUGGAACUCAUAGCUGCUACUAUUUAUUAAUAAUUAUUGUUAUGGCA